GAGACUUGCGGCGGCGUUUCGUGCGAGUUAGUGGCGACGUUGUGCAUUGGUUUAGUGCAUCGUCGGUCGGGACUGUGCGUAUCGCAAGCGUAUCGCGAGAACCGGAGCGUCACGCAUGGUUCCCUGGAGCUAGUUCCCUCGGCGGUAGGAAGGAGGAGGUGGGGCCGCCUGAAGUCGCCAAGGCCGUCGCGGUCGUUCUUCCCCAGGUUGUUCCCCAGGAGGCAGGGUCUGCGGACGUGGGGACGGCCAGGAUGGCCACCGAGACGCGGGAGCCUUCCGUGAGCAACGUGGAGACCGAGUACCACGAGAUCACCUCCAAGGACGCCUGGGCUGUACUCUACCAGCACCUACGUAAUGAGUGUGGCAACUACGACUACACGUGUAACGAAUCGAAAAAACCACAGAACAGACAUUUAAAUCGGUACAGAGAUGUGGCACCGUAUGAUCACACAAGAAUUACUUUGCGAAAGGGGCCUUGCGAUUAUAUCAAUGCCAACCUUGUGCAGAUGGAGCGUGCUCAUAGGAAAUACAUACUUACACAAGGCCCGUUGUCGAGCACUGCUGGUCAUUUCUGGCUAAUGGUGUGGGAACAGAACAGUAAAGCUGUGUUGAUGUUAAAUAAGGUAAUCGAGAAGAACCAAGUCAAAUGUCACCAGUAUUGGCCUCUUGAGGGUUCGUCGGAUCACACUAUGAUGUUCCCCGAUGUAGGCCUAAAAGUGGAAAACAUUAGCAAAACUGAAUCGCCUCAUUACACGAGGAGAACACUGAGACUGACAGACGUAGAAUCAGGAGAAAGCAGAGAAAUACUGCACUUUCAUUAUACAACGUGGCCAGAUUUUGGAGUACCUCAAAGUCCUACGGCGUUUCUGCAGUUUUUAACAGAUGUCAGACAGUCCGGUGCUCUUAACCAAGGCAUCGGGCCACCUGUUGUUCAUUGUUCAGCUGGAAUUGGGAGAUCCGGCACUUUUUGUCUGGUAGACACUUGUUUAGUUCUGAUCGAGGAGAAUGGAUUAAACUCUGUAAAUGUAAGAGACGUCUUAAUGGAGAUGAGACAGUCGAGGAUGGGUUUGAUCCAGACACCCGAUCAGCUUCAAUUUUCUUACGCUGCCAUCAUCGAAGGGGCCAAACAACUACCGUCCAACAACAACGUCGAUAAUAACGAAAUCGUUAACAAUCAUUACGACGUUGUCAAUAAUGUCAAUUCGUCGGUGGAGGAGGAGGAAGAGCCUCCACCGUUGCCUCCUCCAAGGGGAGAAUCUUUAACUCGCAGUAUGAUGUCGGACCUGAGCCCAAGUCCUUCGAGUGAGAAUGUGGAAGAUGCGAAUGGACCACCGGACAAGCCUUUGCCUAGGGAACCCCCGAAUUACACGGAGCCAUGUACAAGUCCACCUCCUACGAACUCCACAUCUAUUGCGAACAAUAUACACGAAGAGAAUUCGGACAAUGUAGCUGUACCUGAAGAGACCAACAGCGACGGAGAGCGCUCUUAUCAGGCCACGAGUUACUCAUCCAAUACAAAUUCGAAAAACGAGUUACGUAAGCGAAUUCAGGAGAAGAAGGACCGACUGGCCGCGCAGGUUAGGGAGAUGAAGAGACGGCAAAAGGAGACGGAAGAAUGGCAGAAGCUCAAGAGGUCAUUAUUUACGCCUCUUACAAUAGGCAUAGGAGCCGCCGUCGUUGGCGGCGGCGUCUUAGCGCUUUGCGGUUACCUGUAUUUGCGCGGCUAGGGACUCGAGAGGAUCCUUUUCUCGUUCCCGCUGUCUUCGAUUUUCCGGACACUCUUAUCGAGGGGGCUGGCGAGAACCUCGGCCUUUAGGGAACAGGUUGCUCGCCCGGCAUUCGCUCUCGAAGCGGGAAACGGACGUGGAGCGCGGGUCCGCCACUUUAGAGAACGGUUCCCCGUUUUCCGGAAAAAUGGGAAGCCACGAGAGGGCCGAAAGCCCGAGGAAUUGGAGAACGAACGUCGAGAGCAACGACGCCCUCGGAUGAUACUCUCGCCAGAGUAACAGGGAACAGUUCCGCCUGGAAAACAGGAUUUUCUAUUUUAUUUCCAAGAGAUAACGAGGAAUUUGUAAAGAAAAGCAAAAAUUGACGAGCGGGGGUCUCACUCAAGAAUUAUAUAUUUUUUUUCUCUUUUGUCAGACGGAUCAAAGGUCCAGUAGAAGUAGGCGAAGGACGAAAUAGUUACUCCAUAAUCAAGACGUUUCGAAGCCGUUUAAAAACUUGCGUAUAUCUUUAUCUCUUUUUUUUUUUUGUUAUUUUUUUCCCCUUUAUGCCACCAUCACGGAGAAGUGGUGACACCAGCUCGCUCGACUUUCAUCUUUUUUUUGGUUUUUGCGAAGGAAAGAGGUACCUCCGAUUUAUUUCAUGGAAAACCGUGAAUGAGUAACACUAGCUUCUCUCCUGUAUUUUACCCAAAGUCGAGACCACGAAACGAUGAGAUAGGUCGAGGACGGUUCGCGGAUUCCACGAAGGAAGCUCCUCCAAAACGGAGAGCCCGGCCCGUUCCCGGUUGCUUAAAAAAAAAAAAAAAAAAAAAAACAGAAAAACCGGGGGAAUCGGAAGGCCGAGGAGAGGCGUCCGGGCCAAAAGAACGGCCACGAGGGCCGCGUGCAUAUUUCAACGGUGGUUCGCUCGAGCGAAACUCGGCGAAACUCGGAGCGAGCCUUGGGGGAUCCCGGAGAGAGAACUCGUUUGGUUUCCAUUAUUUCUUUCUUUCUCUUAUUUCCUUCCCCAAGGACCUCGGACCUAGCCGAGAGAAAUGUCGAACGAGUGCCGGUGACGUCGUUUUUCCUCCUCGCGAGGUGGCGGGAAAGCGCGACGACGAAUUGGGGGGGAAAGAGGGCUAAGCGAGGCUAAGGGAGGAAAACCGAGUAAGAAAGAAAACGAGAGGAAUUUUCGAUGAGGGAGAAAAAGCGUGUGAGAAGGAAAACGAGAAACGAUAAGGGGAAGAAAGUAUAGGGUAAGAGCGCGCGUCGCCGCGAGUAAUAAUGUUCAGGGUAACAAAAGCAUUGACUUUAGGCUUUUACGAAAUUAUCUAAACUGACUUCCUUAGGGUAGUAGGUAUACUCGUGUUAGGUCUAGAUCCAUUUAGCGUACGUAAAUGUUUUCGAAUAAUUGAUAUAUAUAUAUAUAUAUAUACAUAUAUAUGUCAUAUAUACGUAUAUAUAUUUUAUAUACAUAUGUAUGUAUUAUAUAUGUAUUAUAUUCAUACGUGCGCAAUUACGGUCCUGAGAGACUCCGGGAAAGGAGCCCCCGAGCGCCCCUAGGGGCUGUCGAGAGAGUUUUUAUACGAGACGGAAGGGUACGCUUUCGUCGGUCCUCGGUGCACGGGGACUCUUUUUUUUAUAUAUAUAUAUAUAUAUAAUAAUAAAACACCUUCGUGAUUCCACAAUAUCGAGGGUGUGAGGUUUGUUUGUUUUUUUUUGUUUUCUUUUUCGUUUUCAUUUUCAACGGAGGAAAAAGGGGGAACCAAAAACGUCGGCUUCGAGCGCACGGUCAUGCCGUUCCUUAAGCGGGGACCCUCUUCGGGGUCCUCGAGACGUAUACUUAAAGGAUGAAAAACCGGUCGUUUGUCAGGGUUUCCGAUGAGGGGGAAAAAGAAAAAUUUUCCUUAUUCGAGGGGGGAGGGCGAAAGCCUACUCGGUGGAUCACGGGGACGGCGAAAAUGUUCCAGCUGAUACAUCGAUUUAUCGGCAGUAUUAACAGAGGAGAAGGGCCCGUUUCGCUUGUUAACGGUUGGAACGAUUUUGCUGACCCUCCGCUAAGAAACUUUGUAUCUUUUAUUUUAUUUUUCUUUUUUUUCUGUUUUGCUUCUCCACGCGACCAUUCUUUUUUUUUUUCGGUCAGUAUUGUUCUCUUGAUUUUAAGGACUGGCGGAAGAACCUAUUUUGAGCUUUUAAAUCCUUCCGUUCGCGUACACAUGCAUUUCGAGUAUCGGAGCGAUUUAGAAGGAAGGAUUACUGGUUGUUAACGAGCUAUUUUCUGUUUUUCCAAUUGACCGAUUGUUAAGAUAGCAUCCUUUGCCUCCGUUUUUCUCAGUGAGUCCGAUGUAGUUGACGUAGAUGUUCGUGUAAUCGAAACGUAAGGUGUAGCUCCCCUCCCCCCUGCACCCCCUUUUCCUGAAAAUGUCCACGAGCGAAUGUCAAAAGUACGGUCAACCGGUAGAAUAUUCAAUUAACUGUCUAUUGUUUAAUGAUAACGCCGAGCUAUAGCACUUACAGAUUAGUAGGUACUCGUGAUUGAUCGUAAAUUAACUUUGGAUGAAAAUCUCGCCAAGCGCGCAUUUUCUACUCGCCUAUGAUAAUUGAAAUAUUGUUAAUUGUCAAAUCGAUCCAAAAGUUGUUGCAUGUCAUUUCGAGGAGCCUUUGUGCGAGAGAUUUUUCUGUACACUUUGCGGUAUUUAUAUAAUUUUUUUUUUUUUUUUUUAAUACUACGAUACGUGGGGGAGAAAAAUAUCUCGUGUCAAGGGUCCGGAAUAGAAUUUAUAUUCGAGACAUAUUUUUUUUUCUUUUUUUAUACGCCAUAUAUAACAUUUAAACGGGAAAGUUCAUCUGUUCGGGACUAGGUGUAUUUUCAGUCUUAUCGGAUGAUAUGUAGAAUGUAAAAUAUACGGUAAAUGAUCUGAAUGUAAAGGACGAUCGCUAUCACUCUUGGCCGCAGUUUUGACCGAUGCUCGGAUUCGCUUAAAUAUAUUUUUUAAUUAAUCUACGGUCGAGUAUGUAUACACGUCCGCGAGACAUUCCUCCCAACGAAUGUACGCGUUUUUGAUAUGAUUCGGUCGGCUGACAUUUCCGCGUAGCCAGCCAGUUUUCAAGUAAACGAAAGAUAGAAAGAAAAAAAAAAAAGAUAAUACUAAGAGAGGGAGAAAUAUCUCGAGCUGUAAAACGCGACUGACUGUUUUUUUUUUCUAACGCCAGCUUUCCUCUCGGAGGGUCUCUCUCGCGAUCGCCACGAGGAGAACGAUCGGAUGGGGAAAUCGAGGAAAAUUUGCAGCAAAUUCGUGAAAGGGGACCGUAAGGAAAAUCGAGGAAAAUUUGCGGCAAAGCCGCGAAAGGGGACCGUAAGGAAAAUCGAGAAAUUUUGCGGCAAAUUUGUGAAAAUUGAAAAAUUUUCCAACAAAGUCGUGAAAGGGGACGAAAGGAAAAUCGAUGAAAAUUUGCGGUAAAUGAGUGAAAGGGGAUGAAAGAGAAAUCGAUUCCAAAUCCGAUUAAGCUCCGCGUCGAUGUUUUUCUUUUUCCCGAUCGGGAGAUCACCCUCGCCACCCGGGACUCCCAUUUUCUCGGCGCUUAAGUAAAAUCCCUUUUCUACGCUGAGAAUGUACAGAGAGAGUCAGAUAAACUGGGACAGAGCCAGGUAGAAGGUAGAAAAUAAUAGAAGAAGUUGAAUGAUUUAAUAAUUAUUCCUUUUUUUAUAUAUAUAUAAAACUAUCAUUUUUUUCUUUUUUCAUAAUUUCUUUCACGCUGUAUCAAUUUUCUAUAUUUUAUCAUUUCGUUUCACUGUUGAGAAAUUCAUUAGAAUUAAUGUUAAAAAUCUACACGCGAGCAUUAAUCAUCCAGAUAAUUCUAUACUACUAAGACAUGAAUAUAUCGCUGUUAAUGUAUCUAAGUAUAUUUUCUAAUUAAUAUUUUCACAUGGAAAUACCGAGAAUAAUCGAUUUAUCCAAAAGAUAUUAUAUAAUAUCAUUGGAGAAGUUACGAGUUUGUUUCGCAAGCGCAUCGGUGCACCUGCUGAUGAAUUAAGAAUCGAUGUUCGAUUAUUAAAUUAUUCAAAAUUUUGUCCUCUUAUUUCUUUCUAUUUUCAGCCAAAAGGGAGACGGAGCUCGUUCCAGUUACCUGAGUCGCCCUGUAUAUGUUAAGGUGAUAUGAAAGUAGCGUCAGAGUCUUGUUCAUGAAACUUUUCUUCAAAUUGGAUGCACCGAAUCGAUUCAAACUUAACAAUAUAAAUAUGAAGG